GGUAGAGUUGUCAUGGCGUCUUUUGGACCGAAUCUGCUGCUGCAAUUUAGCUAGAAUCUGUCGACAGGCGCUAAAUGGAAAUGGAGAAAAAUGCAGACGUGCAUCGAGAGGCCGUCGGCUGCGACAGCAUCGGGGCGGACACCGGCGACGCUCCGGCGGCGGGAGACGGGACAGGGACGGCGGAGAAACGGCCAAAUAGUGAGGCUCGUCUCAGCACUUUGCUGGGGAACGAUAGCUGUAGUAACAGCGCCGCGGAGGACCCGAGCACCCUUCACGUCAGCCCCGGUGCGGCCAGGUGUGAUUUAGCGCAGGUCCUGGAAGUCCUAGCCGGACCGCAGGCGAGUGAGGACGCCGAGUCGAGCGAGUCGCGAUCCGGGGAGCAGCGGCUCAGUAACGGGAUGGGGUCCGGUCCCGAUAAGGAGGGUGGCGCCUCAAAGUUAGUAAACAACCAAGGUGUGGACGAGAAGGAAAGCCAGCCCAGCAAACUUGCCAAACCCACCCGUCUGUGCCCGGCCGGGACCAUCCCGGAGGACCUGAACGCCCCGCACGCCUUAUCCGAGCCGGACGCCAGCCUCGGCGGAUGCGAGUCCCGCAGCCUGGACUCGCUGGAGGACUCCUUCUCCAAGCUAAACUCCUGCCCCAGCUCGGACCUGGAGGAGCCGGGGCUGGCCCUGGCCCUGCACGGCGAGUUCGGCCCGGACGGCACCAAGGCGACGUGGGCCAAGGACCGAGCGGCCGGCCAGUCCAUCUACCACAUCAAGUGGAUCAAGUGGAGGGAGGAGAACACGCCGAUCAUCACCCAGAACGAGAACGGCCCUUGUCCUCUGCUGGCCAUCAUGAACGUGCUCCUGCUCGCCUGGAAGGUUAAGAUGCCCCCCAUGAUGGAGAUUAUUACAGCCGAGCAACUGAUGGAGUAUCUCGGAGACUACAUCCUGGAAACUAAACCUAAAGAGAUCUCCGAGGCCCAGCGGCUAAACUAUGAGCAGAACAUGAGCGACGCCAUGGCAGUGUUGCACAAGCUGCAGACGGGCCUGGAUGUGAAUGUCAAGUUCACAGGCGUGCGAGUCUUUGAGUACACCCCAGAAUGCAUUGUGUUCGAUCUGCUGGACAUCCCGCUGUACCACGGCUGGCUGGUCGACCCCCAGAUGCAUGAGAUUGUCAAGGCAGUGGGCAACUGCAGCUACAACCAGCUGGUGGAGAAGAUAAUAUCCUGUAAACAGUCAGAAAACAGCGAGCUGGCAGGCGAAGGCAUUGUGGCAGAGCAGUUCCUAAACAGCACAGCAACUCAGCUGACCUACCACGGCCUGUGUGAGCUCACAUCCACCGUGCAGGAGGGGGAACUCUGCGUCUUUUUCAGGAAUAACCACUUCAGCACCAUGAUUAAAUACAAGGGUCAGCUGUACCUGCUGGUGACAGAUCAAGGCUUCCUGACAGAAGAGAAGGUUGUGUGGGAGAGUCUUCACAACGUGGACGGAGAUAGCAAUUUCUGCGAUUCCGAGUUCCGGUUGAGGCCCCCGUCGGACCCGGAGACGGUGUACCGAGGACAGCAGGAUCAGAUAGAUCAGGACUACCUGAUGGCGCUGUCGCUGCAGCAGGAGCAGCAGAGUCAGGACCUCCAGUGGGAGCAGCUCCCCGGCAUCAGCGACCUGGAGCUGGCUAAAAAGCUGCAGGAGGAGGAGGACCGCCGAGCAUCGCAGUACUACCAGGAACAAGAGCAGGAACAGGCGGCUGCGGCGGCACAGGCGCAGGCUCAGCAAGAGGCUGCAGAGGGAGACGAGGCGAACAGAGGGGCUGCGGGAGCCGUCGGUCCGGCAGGUGGCGCCGGGACGGCGGCUGGCCAGGCCGUGGCCAGCCCGGGAAAACAGUCGUCCGGCGGGGAGCGCAAGGCCAAGAAGGAAGCCAAGGAGAAAGACAAAUGCGUCAUUUUGUAACGUCAAGCGAGCGUAUGGCAAUCCGUUUGAGCAUUUAGACCAUAUGCUUGAUAUCAGGCUUAAGGUCCAUGCACUAGUACGCUGUUUGUCCUCACUCGUAAGACAAUUUAGAGCACUGGUGCGAUGACUGUGUCUUCUUACGAGUGUUUUUGACACUAAUAGUGUCACUUUUGGCCUACUAGUAUGCCAUUAAACCUUACUAGUAAACUACUGUGCUCCACUAAUACACCACUCGACCCAAAUAGUAGGCAUGUGACACACACUAGUAGCCUACCUACUUUAUCUACCUUAAGGUCCAUGUACUAGUAUGCUCUUUGUCCUCUCUGGUAUGACAACUUUGACAUAAUAUUUGGACAAUUACAGGUUACUAGUGCACACUACUACUAGUGAAUUUUUUUUAAAUUUCACUAAUAGUACUAGUAGAGCAUUUAUUCGAGAUCCUUGAUAUCCAGCUUAAGGUCCAUGUACUAGUACGCUCUUUGUCCUCUCCGGUAGGACAUUAGUAGGACAACUACAUGUUACUAGUGAGUCAAAGGUUCACUAGUUUACAUCUGUUUGCUAAUAGUACUACUUGUGAAGUGCUAGAUGUUAAUGAGUAUAAUUUUACAGUGUCAAUAGUAGUAACACUAGCACACAGUUGUCAACGAGUGCACAGUUUUGCCUCAUUCGUAACAAGUCCUACUAGUGUGCCGAAGUUGUAGAAGUGAGGACAAAGAGUGUACUAGUACAUGGACAUUAUGCUGGAUUUCAAGGGUUAAGUCAUUCGAGCAUUUAUUUGAUAUCCUUGACAUUGAGCUUAAGGUCCAUGUACUAGUAUGCUCGAAGAAAAUUCAGCGCACUAGUAGAACAACAAGGGUGCACUAGUAGAAUGACUGUGUCUUACUAGUAAAAAAAAAAAAAAGUAAUUGACUACUAGUGUCACUUGGCCUACUAGUAGUAUGACUUUAAGAUGGUUAUCAAAUAAAUGAUCAAACAGCUUUGAUAUCCUUGAUAUUCAGUUUUAAGCUCCAUGGACUAGUAGGACAACUACAUGUUACUAGUGAGGCAAAACUAGUGAAACUAGUAGAAUUUUAUACUAUCACUAGUAGCACACAGUUGUGAAACAGCUUGCCAUGAAGACCAUUUAUUUGAUAUAUCCUACUAGCGCGCUUAACAGUCUUACUGGUGAGGACCAGGGGAAUCAUUAGGUUCUUACAUUUGGGGUGGCUUAGCCGCCCGGCUCCCUCCGGAAAAAAAUUGCCGGGGGGGGUGAAGCUACCCUAAAAUAGGCCUAGCGACGCCACUGGUGAGGACAAAUAGCUUACUAGUACUUGGCACAAAUGCUCAGUCGGCUCACCUCACGAGCGCGUGCGUCCAGCGAGGGAAGGAGGAGACGCUCACAAGAGGAAUCGCUUCCCAAACCACUGGUGCCUGCCUGCCCUCCUCCACCGUCAGCGGACAGCAACCGACCCCGCCCACCCCGUGCCCCGCCCCCAGGAUCUCGGGACGAAGUCAGCCAAACUUUGUUACGACUUGCACACUGCGCUACAUUUGUCUUCUAUCUUUUUGCGCAAAAGGCAUCAUCUCCGGAAACUCAACGUUACACAUGUUGGAACCUUUUCAUUCGUUAUUUGUUUAGUAUGUGUUACAGCUGCUUCUUAUAAGGAAGCUGUUGAUGUUAACAUUUCAUUAGUUUGAUUUUACGCUGAAAGGUAAGGAAAGCCGUGUCAGCAUUUAUUCCAUAUUCUUGAUAUCCACCCUGCAAAAACUCAAAUUCUUUCCAAGAAUAUUUGUCUUAUUUCUCAUCAAAACUAAUUAAAAUAGGAUGCAUCACGUAUAAAGUCACUUGUUUUUGGACAAUUUUCACUUGUUCACUUGCUAAUUUUUAUGUAAAUUAAGUAGAAAUAAGUAAAGAGUCAAAUUAGAAUUUGUUUCGAGACUUUUGACUGGAAACAAGACAAAUUUCCUUGGUAAGAUUAUGAGUUUUUGCAGUGUAGCUUAAGGACUAUGCACUAGUACACUCUUUGUCCUCACUAGAGACAAUUCAGCGCACUAGUAGGACUGUCUUACUCUGAACGUUUUUUUUUUUCACCACUAUUAGUCACUUUUGGAUUACUAGUACAGUGGAACCUUGAUUUAACGGACUAUUGGGGUGUGGGUCGUCAGUUACAGCUUUUUUUUCUUGGCCUAAAUACAACCAUACAGUACAACAUUGUUGUUUUAUAGUUUAGUUUGUGGCCUAAAACACAGUACAGUACAAAAUUAUUGUAAGUAAAUAGCCAUCCAUCCAUCCAUCCAUUUUCUGAGCCGCUUCUCCUCACGAGGGUCGCGGGCGUGCCGGAGCCUAUCCCAGCUGUCAUCGGGCAGGAGGCGGGUUACGCCCUGAACUGGUUGCCAGCCAAUCGCAGGGCACAUACAAACAAACAACCAUUCGCACUCACAGUCACGCCUACGGGCAAUUUAGAGUCUCCAAUUAAUGCAUGUUUUUGGGAUGUGGGAGGAAACCCACGCAGGCACGGGGAGAACAUGCAAACUCCACACAGGCGGGGCCAGGGAUUGAACCCGGGUCCUCAGAACUGUGAGGCUGACGCUCUAACCAGUCGGCCAACGUGCCGCCUGUAAGUAAAUAUUUAAAAAAAAAAAAAAAAAACGUUUACAAACUUACCUCCUGUGGGCCUGCUGUGUUCGCUAGCAUGCUAGCUCGCGCUAGCAAACUAGCCAUGUGUUGGCUUGGAUUUGCGGGGCCACUCCAUUCCAUCAGAUAGCCGUUAAAUUGAGGUUCCAUUCAAUCGAGGUUUCACUGUAUGCAAUUAAACCUGGCUGGUAAACUACUGUGCUGCACUAGUAACACUACUCGGCCCAACUAGUAGGCAUGUGUCAUCAUUAGUAGCCUCUUAGACCCGACUCAUAGCACUAAAAUGCGCAAUUGUAGUUUUGCCUCACUUGUGGCACGUAGUUGUCCUAAUAGUGUGCAGAAAACUCAUACAGUACUGGAAAGGAGUAGUGGGGGAAAAAAACAUUACUAGUAAGACACAGUUGUUCCUCUAGUGUGCUGAAUUGUCUUGAGCAUUCAGCCAAUAUCAAGGACAUCCAAUUUAAGGUCCAUGUACUAGUAUGUUUUGUCAUCACUAGUCGGACAACUACAUCUUUCUAGUGAAACAAAACUGUGCACUAGUAGUCGACGUCUGUGUGAUACUAGUACCACUCAAGAAUCACUAAAUGGUAUCUUGUUGAAUUUCACAACUAUCAAGGAUUGAGCAUUUAUUCAAUAUCCUUGAUGUCCAGUUUAAGGACUAUAUACUAGUAUGCUCUUUGUCCUCACCAGUAAGCCAAUUCAGUGCACUGGUAGAACAAGUAGGGAAAACUAGUAGAACAACUGUCUUACGAGUAAUGUUCUAUACAGUAGUAGGACAACUCUGGCGUACAAAUAGUACAACUACAUGUUAGUAGUGAGGCAAAAUUGCCUGCUACUAGAAGUGCUACUGACUAUAUAAUUGUACAAGUUAACAUCUAAUGCUAGUAGCACACGAAUGACAACUCGGGCACAGCUUUACCUCAGGAGUAAUGUAGUUGUCCUUACGGUAUGCAGAAAUUUCAUACAAUAGUGGAAGGAAGUUGUAGAAAAAAGGUUACAAGACAUACAAUACUGAUUUAAAAAAAAAAAAAAAAAAAAACAUUGCUCGGUUGAUACAAGCGUUCUACUAGUGGACUGAAUUGUCUUAGUAGUGAGGACAAAGCGUGUACUAGUACAUGGACCUUAAAUUGGAUAUCAAGGGUAUAGAAAAAAUGACUUUCCAAGGGAUUAUUCUCCACUAAUGACUACUGGGCCACAUGGAAAAGAAAAGAAAACAAUACUAUAAUAGAAUUCAUUGAAUUACAAGAAUAUAAUUCCGAAGAAUGAAGUCAAAAGAUAUAAGAAAAAAAGAGAUGUAAUUUUAUGAGAAUACAGUUGAAAUAUUACUAGAAUAAAGAGCAUAUUUUACCUGAAGAAAAUUACAGAAUAAAGUUAUAUGAAGAAAAUUACAGAAGAAAGUUAUAUUAAUGAAUACACUUGUUUUUAAAAAGCACUCAUUUUAGGAGAAUUCAGUUGUCGUAUUACAUGCACUUGUGCUAUGUUUAAAUUUGGAAAUGUUACAUUACAAUUUUUUUUCAAUUCUCGUAUUUCGACUUCUUUUUUUGUAAAUUAGGACAUUGCUGUUACAACUGCAAAAUUUUCAAAAACAAUUACCACUUGUAACAUAACCACAUUAUUUUGACUUUAUUCUCGUAAGAUGACGUCUUUAUUCUUGCAACAUUCUGACUUUUUUCCUGUAACGUGUCAACUUUAUUUUAGUAACAUUAUGAUAAUAUGGUGUAGUAAUACUAAUAUACGCUCUAGUCUUCUCAAUUUUAUUCUCGUAAUAUUUUUUUUGCGAUAUCACAACUGUAUUGUAACAUUACAUUUUUGUAACAUUAUGACUUGUAAUAUUAUGCCCUAGUCACUACUUUUGUUCAUGUGAUAUUACAAUUUUAUUG